AUGCUACAAAAUUUAAUACUUUUCUUUCUUGGACUGGUUGUACAAAAUUUCUGCUCCCCACCGGACACUACAGAGCAGGCAAAAAGAUGCGAUAAGAAGUCUCUGCUUGUCAUUAGGACUGAAUGCCAAUCCUGCUCACUCAGCUUUGGAAUUAAGUGCCCAGAUGGUUACACCAAGGUUACCAAUGGCUCCGUAGGGGUUCGAGAUUGCAGGUAUACCUUUGAGGCCAGAUCCUACUUGCUGUCUCUCCCUGGCUGCCGCCACAUCUGCAGGAAGGAUUACCUCCAGCCUCAGUGCUGCCCCGGCCACUGGGGCCCAGACUGCAUGGAGUGCCCAGGAGGAGCGAGGUCCCCCUGCAGCAGCAGGGGCAGCUGUGCCGAAGGCAUGGAAGGAAACGGAAGCUGCUCAUGCCAAGAAGGGUUUGGUGGAACAGCCUGCGAAACCUGUGCUGAUGACAACCUAUUUGGACCCAACUGUACAGGAGUGUGCAGCUGUGUGCAUGGAGUGUGCAACAGUGGAGUCAACGGCGAUGGAACCUGCGAGUGCUACUCCGCGUACACAGGCCUCCACUGUGACCAGCCCAUUCCUGAAUGCACAGCCUUGCUCUGCCCAGAAAAUUCCAGAUGCUCACCUUCCAGAGAAAAUGAAACGAAGCUAGAAUGCAGAUGCCUUCCCAAUUACAAAGGCGACGGCAAAGUCUGCGAGCCCAUCGACCCCUGUUUACAAGAUGUCUGCCACCCUCACGCUCGUUGCACGACCCUGGGGCCAAAUCAGCACAGUUGUACCUGCCAAGAAGGCUACCACGGGGAUGGCCACGUGUGCUUACCAGUUGACCCCUGCCAAAUUAACUUCGGAAACUGCCCUGCCAACUCCACGGUGUGCAGAUACGAUGGGCCCGGACAGUCUCACUGCGAGUGCAAGGAACAUUACCACGACUUUGCACCCGGCGUGGGCUGCAGUGUGACCGACGUCUGCGAAUCCGCUAACCCCUGUCACAGGAAUGCAAACUGCUCCACCGCCGCACCAGGCCAAGCCCAGUGCAUUUGCCAGAAAGGUUACGUGGGCGACGGCUCGACGUGUUACGGAAACAUCAUGGAGCGACUGAGAGAAUUAAACACUGAGCCCAGAGGAAAAUGGCAAGGAAGGCUGACCUCUUUCAUCUCGCUCCUGGACAACGCCUAUGCCUGGCCUCUCAGUAACUUGGGACCAUUCACUGUGCUGUUGCCGACAGACAAGGGACUGAAGGGAUCCGAUGUGAAAGAGCUUUUGAUGGAUAAUAAGGCUGCUCAGUACUUCGUGAAGCUCCACAUCAUCGCUGGGCAGGUGAACACGGAGCGUCUGAACAGCACAGACACGUUCUACACCUUGACGGGAAGGUCGGGGGAGGUCUUCAGUGGUGAGAAGGACAAUCAACUGAAGCUUAAACUCUAUGGAGGAAAAAAGAAGGUAAAAAUUAUCGAGGGGAACAUAAUAGCUUCCAACGGGCUCCUGCACAUUCUCGACAGAGCCAUGGGCAAGAUGGCACCCACAUUUGAGAGCAACACGGAGCAAACCAUAAUGACAAUGCUACAACCAAGAUACAGCAAGUUCAGAUCUUUGUUAGAGAAAACCAGUGUGGGACAAGCCUUAGAAGAGGAUGGAGUUGGUGGACCAUACACCAUUUUUGUUCCAAGUAAUGAAGCGUUGGAUAACAUGAAGGAUGGCGCUCUUGACUACCUCCUCUCUCCAGAGGGAUCUUGGAAGCUUCUGGAACUGAUCAGAUACCACAUCGUCCCAUUUACCCAGCUGGAAGUGGCCACCCUCGUUCCGACCCUUCGCAUCAGGAGCAUGGCCAACCAGAUCAUCCAGUUCAACACGACCGACAACGGGCAGAUUCUGGCAAAUGAGGUGGCAAUGGAAGAACUUGAAGUCACAGCCAAAAACGGCCGAAUUUACACGCUGACUGGAGUUCUAAUCCCUCCCUCCAUCGUCCCAAUUCUGCCCCACCAAUGUGACGAGACAAAGAGCGAGAUGAAGCUGGGCACUUGUGUGAGCUGUUCCCUAAUACAUUGGAGCAGAUGUCCCACCAACUCCACACCCACAGAGCUCUUCACACACAAAUGUGUCUACACUGGCAGGACGAGGAGCCUGAAGAGAGGCUGUGCCAGGUACUGCAAUGCCACUGUGAAGAUACCCAAGUGCUGCAAAGGUUUCUAUGGACCCAACUGCAACCAGUGUCCAGGAGGCUUCUCGAACCCAUGCUCAGGAAACGGACAGUGCAUGGACGGCCUCGACGGCAAUGGGACCUGCGUUUGCCAGGAUGGCUUCCAAGGCUCCCAGUGUCAGUUCUGCUCGGAUCCCGACAAGCACGGACCUCGGUGUGACGAACAAUGCCCGUGCAUUUACGGAACAUGCGACAACCGGGUGGACAGUGACGGGGCCUGCCUGGCCGGCACGUGCAGAGAGGGCUCCGCGGGGAGAUUCUGCCACAAGCAGACCUCGGCCUGUGGGCCCUACGUGCAGUUCUGUCACAUCCACGCCACCUGUGAAUACAGCAAUGGGACGGCAAGCUGUGUUUGCAAAGCAGGAUAUGAAGGGGACGGGAGCCUGUGUUCAGAGAUGGACCCUUGCAUGGGAUUCACCCCAGGCUGCAGCCGCAAUGCAGAAUGCAUCAAGACCGGCGUGGGGACCGCCAUCUGCCUGUGCCAGCAGGGGUGGACGGGGGACGGAAGAGACUGCUCCGAGAUCAACAACUGCCUGCUGCCCGGCGCCGGUGGCUGCCACGACAAUGCCACCUGCCUGUACGUGGGCCCCGGGCAGAGUGAGUGUGUGUGCGGGAGAGGAUUUCGAGGCAAUGGGAUCGAAUGUGAACCAAUAACGUCCUGCUUGGGACAGACUGGGCAAUGUCAUCCCCUGGCAACCUGUCAGUUUACGUCCGGCGCCUGGCGCUGCGUGUGUCAAGAAGGCUCUGAAGGCGACGGCCUCCUGUGCUACGGGAACGCGGCCGUGGAAUUGUCAUUUCUCUCCGCGGCAGCUAUAUUUAACCAGUGGAUAAAUAACGCUUCUCUACAUCCCAUGCUGUCAGCGGCCUCAAACCUCACCGUCCUGGUGCCUUCCCAGCAAGCUAUCGAGGACAUGGACCAGGAUGAGAAAGCCUUUUGGUUGUCCAAGAGCAAUAUUCCAGCCCUGAUAAAGUACCACACGCUCCCAGGCACGUACGGGAUGGCUGAUCUGCAGACGCUGUCGUAUUCCGACAUGCUGGCAACAUCUUUGCAGGGCAACUUCCUCCACCUGGCGAAGGCUGGCGGGAACAUCACAAUUGAAGGAGCGUCCAUCGUUGACGGUGACAACGUAGCCACAAACGGAGUGAUACACAUCAUCGACAAGGUUCUGGUUCCGCAAAGAGAUCUAACUGGCUCCUUACCGAACCUGCUGGCCCGGCUGGACCAGAUGCCUGACUACUCCAUCUUCCGGGGCUACCUCAUUCAAUACAACCUGGCGAACGCGAUCGAGGCUUCUGACGCUUACACGGUGUUUGCGCCAAGCAACGCGGCCAUCGAGAGUUACAUCCAGGAAAAGAAGGCUGCGACCCUGGAGGCGGACGUGAUCAGGUACCACGUGGUCUUGGAGGAGAAACUUCUGAAGAACGACCUGCACGACGGCAUGCACCGGGAGACCAUGCUGGGCUUCUCCCACCUGCUCGGCUUCUUUCUCCGCAACGACCAGCUCUACGUAAAUGAAGCUCCGAUAAACUAUACCAACAUCGCCACUGACAAGGGAGUGAUCCAUGGCUUGGGGAAAGUCCUGGAAAUUCUGAAGAAUAGAUGUGACAGUAACGACACUACUAUUGUACAAGGAAAGUGUGGGAGAUGUUUCCAGCAACCAACCUGCCCGUCGGGAAGUAAGCCGCUGGGUGACGAGAUGAGGAAAUGUAUCUAUACCAUCUACUUCAUGGGCAAGCGAUCCGUGGUCAUUGGGUGCCAGCCAAAAUGUGUGAGAACUGUCAUUACGAGAGAAUGCUGUGCGGGCUUCUUCAGCUCCCAGUGCCAGCCCUGCCCUGGGAGAGCCGAGAACGUCUGCUUUGGAAACGGCAUCUGCUUGGACGGAAUGAACGGCACGGGCGUGUGCAAGUGUGAAGAGGGCUUCAACGGGACAGCCUGUGAGACCUGCGUGGAGGGCAAGUACGGCGUCCACUGUGACCAAGUAUGUUCUUGUGUCCACGGGAGAUGCAGCCAAGGACCCGCGGGCGACGGCUCCUGUGAGUGUGACGUCGGCUGGCGAGGAGUGCGAUGUGACAGCGAGAUCACGACAGACAACUGCAAUGGGACCUGCCACACCAGUGCCAACUGCCUUCUCGAGCCAGACGGCACAGCCUCGUGCUCAUGCGCGGCAGGAUUCCAAGGGAACGGGACAGUCUGCACAGCAAUCAAUGCCUGUGAGAUCAGCAACGGAGGUUGCUCGGCCAGGGCUGACUGUAAAAGAACCGCCCCAGGAAGCCGAGUGUGCGUGUGCAAGGCAGGCUACGCUGGCGAUGGCAUCGUGUGCCUAGAGAUCAACCCGUGUUUGGAGAACCAUGGUGGCUGCCACAGGCACGCGGAGUGCAUGCAGACAGGACCCAACCAGGCCGCCUGUAACUGCUUGCCGAGGUACACGGGCGACGGGAAGGUCUGCACGCUCAUCAACACCUGCCUGACCAAUAACGGUGGCUGUAGUGAAUUUGCCGUCUGCAAUCACACUGGGGAAGAAAGGACCUGCACUUGCAAGCCAAACUACAUCGGGGACGGGCUCACCUGCCGUGGCAACAUCCACCAGGAACUCCCCAAAAACUCCAGAACUUCCCAGUACUUCUUCCAGCUGCUGGAGCAUUCUGUGCGGGACCUGGCUGGCGUGGGCCCCUUCACCGUUUUCGCCCCUUGGUCGUCAGCCUUCGAUGAGGAUCUUCGGAUUAAAGACUGGGACAGACAGGGCCUGAUGCCCCAGGUUCUUCGGUAUCAUGUGAUCGCCUGCCACCAGCUGCUCUUGGAAAACCUGAAGCUGACCCCAAAUGCUACUUCUCUCCAAGGAGAACCAGUUGUCAUCUCUGUCUCACAGGACACGGUAUAUAUAAAUAAUAAAGCUAGGAUCGUAUCCGGUGACAUCAUCACUACUAACGGAGUCAUCCACAUCAUAGACAGAUUGCUGUCUCCCCAAAACUUGCUUAUCACCCCUAGAGAUGCCUCUGGAAGGAUUCUGCAAAAUCUUACGACAGCGGCAAUGAACCACGGCUACAUCAAAUUUAGCAACUUAAUACAGGACUCUGGUUUGCUGAGCGUCAUCACUGAUCCUAUCCACACCCCGGUCACUCUCUUCUGGCCCACGGACCAAGCCCUCCAAGCCCUACCUGCUGAGCAACAGGACUUCCUGUUCAGUCAAGACAACAAGGACAAGCUGAAGGAGUACAUCAAGUUCCAUGUGAUCCGAGAUGCCAAGGUGUUAGCAGUGGAUCUCCCCAGGUCUGCUGCCUGGAAGACCCUGCAAGGCUCCGAGCUGAGUGUGCAGUGUGGAACCGACAGUGACAUCGGCAAACUUUUCCUGAAUGACCAACCGUGCAGAAUUAUACAACGGGAGAUCUUAUUUGACCUGGGUGUGGCCUAUGGCAUUGACUGUCUACUGAUUGACCCCACCCUAGGGGGCCGCUGUGACACUUUCACUACAUUCAAUGUCUCGGGCAAUUGUGGGAGCUGUACCUACACUCCUAGCUGCCCCAGGUGGACGAAAGCAAAGGGCGUGAAGCAGAAGUGUCUGUACAACCUGUCCUUCAGGAAGAACCUGGAAGGCUGCCGGCAGCUGUGUGCCCUGGUGAUCCCGCUCCCCAGGUGCUGCAAGGGCUACUUCGGGAGAGACUGUCAGGCCUGCCCUGGAGGACCGGAUGCACCAUGUAAUCACCGAGGUGUCUGCCUUGAUCACUAUUCGGCCACAGGAGAGUGUAAAUGCAACACUGGCUUCAACGGGACAGCGUGCGAGCUGUGUGGGCCAGGGAGGUUCGGGCCUGACUGUCAGCCCUGUGUCUGCUCAGACCACGGACAGUGUGACGAGGGGAUCACGGGCUCCGGGCAGUGCCUCUGUGAAGCAGGGUGGACCGGCCGCUUCUGUGACACGCAGGCAGUUUUGCCCCCAGUGUGCACACCUCCUUGUUCGGCUCAUGCUACCUGUAGGGAGAACAACACGUGUGAGUGUCACCUGAACUAUGAAGGCGACGGGAUAACGUGCACAGUGGUGGAUUUCUGCAAACAGAACAACGGGGGCUGUGCGAAGGUCGCCAAGUGCUCCCAGAAGGGCACAAAGGUCUCCUGCAGCUGCCAGAAGGGCUACAAGGGGGACGGUCGCAGUUGCUCAGAGAUAGACCCCUGUGCGGACGGCCUCAACGGUGGGUGCCAUGAGCAUGCCACCUGCAAAAUGACCGGCCCGGGCAAGCACAAGUGUGAAUGCAAAAGUCAUUACAUAGGAGACGGAGUGAGCUGCGAGCCAGAGCAGCUGCCCCUCGACCGCUGCCUGCAGGACAACGGGCAGUGCCACGCCGAUGCCACCUGUGCUGACCUCCACUUCCAAGACACCACCAUUGGAGUGUUCCAUCUCCGCUCCCCCCUGGGCCAGUAUAAGCUGACCUUUGACAAAGCCAAAGAGGCCUGUGCCAAUGAAGCUGCAGCCAUGGCAACCUACAACCAGCUCUCCUAUGCUCAGAAGGCCAACUACCACCUCUGUUCGGCAGGCUGGCUUGAGAGCGGGUGGGUUGCCUACCCCACAGCCUACUCCUCCCCAAACUGUGGCUCUGGCUUUGUUGGGAUAGUAAACUAUGGACCAAGAAACAAGAGUGAAAUGUGGGAUGUCUUCUGCUACCGGAUGAAAGAUGUGAACUGCACCUGCAAGGUGGGCUACGUGGGAGACGGCUUCUCGUGCAGCGGGAAUCUGCUGCAGGUCCUGAUGUCCUUCCCCUCGCUCACAAACUUCCUGACGGAAGUGCUGGCCUACUCCAACAGCUCCGCCAGGGGCCAGGCGUUUCUGAAACACCUGACUGACCUGUCCAUCCGUGGCACCCUCUUCGUGCCACAGAACAGCGGGCUGGCGGGAAAUGAGACGCUGUCCGGGCGGGACAUCGAGCACCACUUUGCCAAUGUCAGCAUCUUAUUUUACAAUGACCUUGUCAAUGGAACCACCCUGCGAACAAGGCUGGGAAGCCAGCUGCUCAUCACCUCCAGCCAGGACCAGAGCCAACUGGAGACCAGGUUUGUGGAUGGAAGAGCCAUUCUGCAGUGGGACAUCUUUGCCUCCAACGGGAUCAUUCAUGUCAUUUCCAGGCCUUUAAAAGCACCUUCUGCCCCGCGGGCUUCAGUCCACACGGGCUUGGGGACAGGGGUAGUCUUCGCCGUCCUCCUGGUCACUGGAGCCCUUGCUUUGGUCGCAUACUCUUAUUUCCGAAUAAACCGAAGGGCAAUCAGCUUCCAGCGGUUUGAGUCUGAAGAGGACAUUGACGUCGCAGCUCUUGGCAAUCCGCCACCUGAGAAUAUUUCGAACCCCGUGUACGAGAGUGCAACCUCGGCUCCCCCAGAACCUUCCUACGACCCCUUCGAGGACUCUGAAGACCAGCCGCCGCUGGAGAGCAGUGACCCCCUGGGGGCGCUGUGA